AUGGCUGCCCUCAGGAAGAAGCUGGUGAUCGUUGGGGAUGGAGCAUGUGGCAAGACAUGCUUGCUCAUAGUGUUCAGCAAGGACCAGUUCCCAGAAGCCUAUAUGCCCACGGUGUUUGAGAACUACGUGGCGGACAUCGAAGUGGACGGGAAGCAGGUGGAGUUGGCUCUGUGGGACACGGCGGGGCAGGAAGACUACGACCGCCUGAGGCCCCUCUCCUACCCGGACACCGACGUUAUCCUGAUGUGUUUCGCCAUCGACAGCCCUGAGAGUCUGGAAAACAUCUCAGAAAAAUGGACCCCAGAAGUCAAGCACUUCUGCCCCAGCGUACCCAUUAUCUUGAUUGGGAAUAAGAAGGAUCUUCGCAAGGAUGAGCACACGCGGAGGGAGUUGGCUAAGAUGAAGCAGGAGCCCGUGAAACCCGAAGAAGGCAGAGACAUGGCCAACAGGAUCCGCGCCUUCGGGUACCUGGAGUGUUCCGCAAAGACCAAAGACGGAGUGAGGGAGGUUUUUGUGAUGGCCACCAGAGCUGCUCUGCAAGUCCGACUCGGGAAGAAAAAAUCUGGGUGCCUUGUCUUGUGA